UGUACAAAUGAGUAGUCGCACGAUUUUCUUACUGACGGCACUUUUGCUGCAUCCAUUAUAUGUGACGUGUCUCAGAUGCUAUGUAGGAGUGGAAGGGGCAGGAAAUGUGACAGAAGUGGAUGUUGAAGACCCGGAGUCGCAUAUGUGUUCCUACAUAAUCCGUGGUGCGUGCACUUUCUCAGAUAAAGAACCGCCUGUUUACACAGUGUACAUAAAAGAUGACAUGUAUUCGAAAAGAUGCUGGUAUGGUGAUGGCGUUGUUGUUUGCUCAUGCAUGACUGAGCUUUGUAAUGGUGAUAUCGAAGUGAUACGGAAACUAUGGGACAAAACCAAAGUAACCGACGAGAAUGUACACGAAUGCGUGUCGGAGUACCUAAAGAGAAGGCCGGGAUUACCUCUACUUACAAAAGAGGAGAUGGAGCCAAAAAGCGCCGACAUUGUUCCCGUAGUGAAUGAUGAAGAACCAGCACGUCAACGAAUCUCAGGAAAUGAGGCACCAAAAAGUGCCAAUGCAAAAAGUGAAAGUGAUUCAGAUUUCAUUAUAUUCGUCAUCCUUCUGAUUGUGACAGUUGUAUUGCUCAUUGCUCUCAUACCUGCUUGUAUCGGCUGCAUGGCACUGAAUUCGAAAAGGAAACGAAAAAGAUCAGAAGUAGGAGGAAAAAAGGAAGAAGUGCAAAAAGUACCAGAAGCAAGUCAGAGACCAAGGGGAGCUGGGCGUCUAAAAGAAACAAAGGGAGUUCAAGAAACAAGGGAAGAAAAUGAAGAAGUAAAUAAUGUACAAUAUGCAAAACGCUCAUUCUAA